AUGACACUGACUAAUGAGUUUCUGAAUAACAAGGCAAUUCAAACUGCAGACAUAAAAACUGAUUCUCAACAUGCGUUGGGAGUGACUGGAAAUUAUGUCGCCAACAAUUUAUCAUUUCUUUCUCUUAUCUUCAAACAGCCUUGCCAACAUCGUCAAGCAUUGACCACUUGUCACCUCGUCAUCGGCGAGGUUGUAAAAUUGAAGAAUUCAAAAGAAAUUUUUAGACUUUCAGGGUGA